GAAGCUUUCACCGAAAUUGACAUACAUCGCCUGUCCAUCGUCCAUCCAUCCAUCCAUCCAGCCACCGAUGAGCCCCGCCCGGCCGUCCCGUCCUUAAUUUGCACAGAGCGAGAAUCAGUGGAUGGAUGAAUGUGCCAUCGGAUGGUUCAUCAGUAGAAUGUUACUGACAGUCUCGAACACAAACCAAGCACAGGGCAACACACAUGGACACGCCACACACGCCACAUCAAGGCUAUAUGAACAGGCCAGCAGCACAGCAGCAGCGCAGCAGCAGCAGCCAAUCGGACAUCAAUGAAGAAGCCGCACGCCAUAUGAUACACACAUCAUGAGUGCCUGGCUCUCCCGCUGACUGUCUAGCUGCCAGCUCCAUUUUCCGCUAUCUAUCUGUGCCCACACUCCUGGCCACCACCGGACCUUACCGAUACUCACGGGGGCCAUGAUAAACAUUCCCCAGUCGCCCCACUCGACGACGACCGGUGACCACCCGAGCCUCCCCAUGGCUUGUGUUCCCAGGAUGUUGAUGUGCUCAAAGUCGCCGAACGACGGCGCACACUCGAUCAGGUGCUCCUUGCCCAGGUGAUCCUCAAUCCGCACCGUCAAGUUCGACGGGAGGGCAUCGCUGUCGAUGGGUUUCUCGAGAAGCGCAGCCAUGGCCUUCUUGCUGAGAUAAGACCACACGGCGGUCGUGUCAAUGACGAAGAGCACGUUGAUCGGCUUCCCGAAUCCCCCCUUAAGGGGAUCCCAGCGACACACGAGGUUGACGCACAGGCGAUAGGUGUCCACGUGCAGGACGCCCUCGGGUGGGUAGCUGUGCUGUCGUUCAGAUGGCGCCACAGAGAGAUACUCAGCACCGAGGUCCCUGGAUAUCGCCUCCAUCUCCUUCUCUGCCAUGUCAGGCAGCUUCACCGCAUACUCGUGAGGAUGACGCGCCUUGCCCUCCGGAGGGCCAUCGAAAGAUGUAACCUUCUCCUCUCGAUGAAGCACUUGUCCGGUUGGCGGCUUCACAUCGGCGGCGGCGGAAGACAAUGCACUGCUGCUCGUGAGGGGCUCACGAGCAGCCACCUGCAGACCCUCCCCAUCCCAGCCCGCCCAAACUCCUGGACGCCACCGACGCCUUCCGAUACUCACGGGGGCCAUGACAAACGAGCCUCUCCCCCAGUCCACGAGCGGUGACCACCCGAGCUUCGCCAUUGCGUUUGUUCCCAGGAUGUUGAUGUGCUCCCAGUCGCCGAACGACUGCGCACACUCGAUCGGUAGAUGAUCAAUCCCCAUGAAAAAACACGGCGCGGUGUUAUCAAGGUCUGGGUGCAGAAGCACUCUGGCCUCCUUGGUGAGGUAAGACCACACGGCGGUCGUGUCAACGACGAAGAGCACGUUGAUUGGGCUAUCCCGAAAGUGACACACGAGGUUGACGCACAGGCGAUGGGUUCCCUGGUGCAGGACGCCCUUGGGCGGAUAGCUGUGCUGUCGUGUAGAUGGCGCCACAGAGAGAUACUCAGCACCAAGGCGCCUGGAAGUCUCCUUCAUGUCCUCCUCUGUCACGUCAGGCAGCUUCACCGCAUACUCGAAAUGAUACCGCGCCUUGCCCACUGGAGUCUCAUGCAGGUGGCGUGGGGAGGGUCUGCAGGUCGUGGGGAGGGUCUGCAGGUGGCUGCCGGCGAGUCGCCUCAGGGCAAGAGGACGCACUCGUCGGGCAAAGGAAACAU